CGCGCUCAAGGCGCUCGAGCUCCGCCUUGUUUCCGCCAAAGCAGUCUGCCCGCCCCUCUCUGCCUUCCCCUCGCUGCUCUCCCUCACACUUUACCGCCUAGACGGCCUCCCAGUGCAAAUCUCCUCCCUCUCGCACUGCUCCUUCCUCACCUCCCUCUCCCUCUGGCACCUUACCAACCCGCUUCUCUCCUCCCUCUCCUCCUCCUCCCCCUCUCUCCCCGCCCUCCAAUCCUUCACCCUCACAUCAGCAUCAGUCACAACUUCCCUGGCAUCCCUCG